AUGGCAGCCCAGGUGACGCUGGAGGAUGCGCUGUCCAACGUGGACCUGUUGGAAGAGCUGCCUCUGCCCGACCAGCAGCCCUGCAUCGAGCCCCCGCCAUCCUCACUGCUCUACCAGCCAAAUUUCAACACUAAUUUUGAAGACAGAAAUGCAUUUGUCACUGGCAUUGCAAGAUACAUUGAACAAGCGACCGUCCAUUCUAGCAUGAACGAGAUGCUGGAGGAAGGCCAAGAGUACGCCGUCAUGCUGUACACCUGGAGGAGCUGCUCUCGGGCCAUCCCGCAGGUGAAAUGUAACGAACAGCCUAACAGAGUGGAAAUAUAUGAGAAAACCGUGGAGGUCCUUGAGCCUGAGGUCACAAAACUGAUGAAUUUUAUGUACUUCCAGAGAAACGCCAUCGAACGUUUUUGUGGGGAGGUGAGGCGCCUGUGUCACGCGGAGAGAAGGAAGGACUUCGUGUCCGAAGCCUACCUGAUCACCCUGGGCAAGUUCAUCAACAUGUUUGCCGUGCUGGAUGAGCUGAAGAACAUGAAAUGCAGCGUGAAGAACGACCACUCAGCCUACAAGAGGGCUGCUCAGUUUUUACGUAAAAUGGCAGAUCCACAGUCCAUCCAGGAAUCACAGAAUCUGUCCAUGUUCCUGGCCAACCACAACAAGAUCACACAAUCUCUGCAGCAGCAGCUCGAAGUGAUUUCUGGCUAUGAAGAGCUCUUAGCAGACAUUGUGAAUCUGUGUGUGGACUGCUAUGAGAACAGGAUGUACUUGACGCCCAGUGAGAAACACAUGCUUCUCAAAGUCAUGGGGUUUGGUCUGUACUUGAUGGAUGGGAGUGUCAGCAACAUUUAUAAACUAGAUGCCAAGAAAAGAAUAAACUUAUCCAAAAUUGACAAGUACUUCAAGCAGCUCCAGGUGGUUCCGCUGUUCGGGGACAUGCAAAUAGAACUGGCAAGAUAUAUCAAGACCAGCGCCCACUAUGAGGAAAAUAAAUCUCGAUGGACGUGCACGUCCUCCAGCAGCAGCCCACAGUACAACAUCUGCGAGCAGAUGGUACAGAUCCGGGAGGACCACAUGCGCUUCAUCUCGGAGCUGGCGCGCUAUAGCAACAGCGAGGUGGUCACAGGCUCAGGCCGCCAGGAGGCUCAGAAGACGGAUGCUGAGUACCGGAAGCUCUUCGACCUGGCACUGCAGGGCUUGCAGCUGCUGUCCCAGUGGAGUGCUCACGUGAUGGAAGUGUAUUCGUGGAAACUUGUGCACCCAACGGACAAGUACUCCAACAAGGACUGCCCUGACAACGCCGAGGAGUAUGAGCGUGCCACGCGCUACAACUACACCAGUGAGGAGAAGUUCGCCCUGGUGGAGGUGAUCGCCAUGAUCAAAGGCUUGCAGGUGCUGAUGGGCAGGAUGGAGAGUGUGUUCAACCAUGCCAUCCGCCACACUGUCUACGCCGCGCUGCAGGACUUCUCCCAGGUCACCCUCAGGGAGCCGCUCAGGCAGGCCAUCAAGAAGAAGAAAAACGUCAUCCAGAGUGUCCUGCAGGCCAUCAGGAAGACCGUGUGUGACUGGGAGACAGGGCACGAGCCCUUCAACGACCCGGCCCUGCGGGGCGAGAAGGACCCCAAGAGCGGCUUUGACAUUAAAGUGCCACGGCGCGCCGUGGGACCCUCUAGCACGCAGCUUUACAUGGUGAGAACCAUGCUAGAGUCCCUCAUUGCAGACAAAAGUGGUUCCAAGAAAACCUUGAGAAGUAGCCUCGAGGGGCCCACCAUAUUGGACAUAGAAAAGUUUCAUCGCGAGUCAUUCUUCUACACCCACUUGAUAAAUUUCAGUGAGACGCUCCAGCAGUGCUGUGACCUUUCGCAGUUGUGGUUCCGAGAGUUCUUCCUGGAGCUGACCAUGGGCAGGAGGAUCCAGUUCCCCAUUGAGAUGUCCAUGCCCUGGAUCCUGACAGACCACAUCCUGGAGACCAAGGAAGCGUCGAUGAUGGAGUACGUCCUCUACUCGCUGGACCUGUACAACGAUAGCGCCCACUAUGCCCUCACCAGGUUCAACAAGCAGUUUCUCUAUGACGAAAUCGAGGCAGAGGUGAAUCUCUGCUUUGACCAAUUUGUUUAUAAGCUGGCCGACCAGAUAUUUGCAUAUUAUAAGGUUAUGGCGGGAAGUUUGCUUCUUGACAAACGGUUACGAUCAGAAUGCAAGAAUCAGGGUGCAACAAUCCAUCUCCCGCCAUCUAAUCGCUAUGAGACGCUGCUUAAGCAGAGGCACGUGCAGCUCCUGGGCAGGUCCAUAGACCUCAAUCGUCUGAUUACUCAGCGCGUCUCCACCGCCAUGUACAAAUCCCUGGAACUGGCAAUUGGGCGAUUUGAGAGUGAAGACCUGACAUCAAUAGUUGAGCUGGAUGGCCUCUUGGAAAUCAACCGUAUGACCCACAGGCUGCUGAGCAGGUACCUGACUCUGGACAGCUUUGAUGCCAUGUUCCGGGAGGCCAACCACAAUGUGUCAGCGCCCUACGGGAGAAUCACCCUCCACGUCUUCUGGGAGCUCAACUACGACUUCCUGCCCAACUACUGCUACAAUGGCUCCACCAACCGAUUUGUUCGGACAGUAUUACCAUUUUCUCAAGAAUUUCAAAGAGAUAAACAGCCAAAUGCACAACCCCAGUAUUUGCAUGGAUCAAAGGCUUUGAACCUGGCCUACUCAAGCAUCUACGGCAGCUACCGGAACUUUGUGGGGCCUCCACACUUCCAGGUCAUCUGCCGGCUGCUCGGCUACCAGGGCAUCGCAGUGGUCAUGGAAGAGCUGCUGAAAGUGGUCAAGAGCCUGCUGCAAGGCACAAUCCUACAGUACGUGAAGACGCUGAUGGAGGUGAUGCCCAAGGUCUGCCGGCUGCCGCGGCACGAGUACGGCUCCCCUGGCAUCCUGGAGUUCUUCCACCACCAGUUAAAGGACAUUGUUGAAUAUGCAGAGCUGAAGACGGUGUGCUUCCAGAACCUACGGGAGGUAGGCAACGCCAUCCUCUUCUGCCUGCUCAUAGAGCAGAGCCUGUCUUUAGAAGAAGUAUGUGACCUGCUGCACGCAGCCCCUUUCCAGAACAUCUUACCGAGAGUCCACGUGAAAGAGGGAGAGAGACUUGAUGCCAAAAUGAAAAGACUAGAAUCAAAGUACGCCCCACUGCAUCUUGUCCCUCUAAUUGAAAGACUGGGAACCCCUCAGCAAAUUGCCAUAGCAAGAGAGGGGGACUUGCUGACGAAGGAGCGCCUCUGCUGUGGCCUGUCUAUGUUUGAAGUCAUCCUGACUCGGAUCCGGACCUUUCUGGACGACCCCAUCUGGCGUGGGCCCCUGCCCAGCAAUGGGGUCAUGCACGUGGAUGACUGUGUUGAGUUUCACAGACUGUGGAGCGCCAUGCAGUUUGUCUACUGCAUUCCUGUGGGAACACACGAGUUUACAGUCGAGCAGUGUUUUGGCGACGGGCUCCACUGGGCUGGUUGUAUGAUCAUUGUGCUUCUUGGGCAACAGCGGCGCUUUGCUGUACUGGAUUUUUGCUACCAUCUACUCAAAGUCCAAAAACAUGAUGGCAAGGAUGAAAUUAUCAAAAACGUGCCUUUGAAGAAGAUGGUGGAGAGAAUUCGCAAGUUCCAGAUUCUAAAUGAUGAGAUUAUCACUAUCUUGGACAAGUACUUGAAGUCGGGUGAUGGAGAGAGCACGCCCGUGGAACACGUUCGCUGCUUUCAGCCACCUAUCCACCAGUCUCUGGCCAGCAGCUGA